AUGGUUGAAGAAGCAUUUGCCUCUUUCGGUUUAUUUAUUGAUGAUGAAAAUAAGAUACGUUUGAUUGAUCCAGAAAAAGUUACUGAUUCAGCAGAACUACGAGAUGAAUGCAAAGAUUUUAUUGAAAAUGUACUUGAAUUCAAGAAAAUUGUUGAUACAUUAAUUGAGAAAACUGAAGAAUAUUCGAAACAUGUUGAACAAGCUAGACUGAAAUCGAUAGGUGCUAAAAAUAUGUUAAAAUCUGUGUCAAAAUAUCGCGAAUUUGAAAAACAACAAUUACAAGCAUUAAUUAAAGAAAAAAUGAUUGAAUUAGAUAGACUACGAUCAGAGUACGAAUCAUUGCAAAAAACUGAGCGAGAGCAGAGUGAAAAAAUUGAGCAUUUAUCACUAAAGGCGGCAUAA